GCCACCGACAUCGUGGACGGGCAGGAAGCGCAGCCCCACUCGCGGCCGUGCAUGGCGUCUCUGCAGCUGCCGUAGACCCCGGGCAGCCACUUUUGCGGGGACACCUUGAUUCACCCGUGGUUCGUGCUGACCACCGCCCACUGCCUGCAGGAAAUCCCCCACAACCAGGUGAGCAUAGCGCUGGGGGCCCACGACCUGCUGACCCCCGAGCCCACCCAGCAGAGGUUCAGCAUCACUCACCUGUUUGGGAACGAUUAUGACCCGGAGCAGAGCCUCAAUGACAUCCUCCUUGUACAGCUGGGCAGCCCAGCCACCCUCCGCGCUGAGGUCGCAGUUGCCCAGCUGCCGCAGCAGAAUCAGCAGCUGCCCCACGGCACCCAGUGCCUGGCCAUGGGCUGGGGGCGCCUGGGCACACACGCAGCAGUGUCCCGGGUCCUGCAGGAGCUCAAUGUCACCGUGGUCACCUUCCUGUGCCGGCCGCAGAACGUGUGCACGCGGGUUCCCUGUCCCAGCGCUGGCAUCUGCUUCGGAUGCUCCGUCUGCUGCCUCCCUCUGCUCCGUCAGGGCCCGCCGUGCGCACCUGCCUCAGCGACUGCGUGGACCCAUCCCGGCCCCUCUGCCAGAAGCGACAUUUCCCGGAAAGACACCUUGAUCACAAUAAUACAUUGA